CGGGAGCAGGUUUUAAUAUAAGAGCAGUAAAAUGAGUAUUAGAUGUAGUCGACGAUGUGGCUCUAUGCAGCAGCAGCUGCUGGCUACAUCGGUGCAUUCGCUAGCAGUGUGCCAUCAGGAUGGACAUCACCAGUGAUUCCCAUGUACCACUUGGAAGAUUCUCCAGUACCCAUCACCGAUGAUGAAGGGGCUUGGAUUGCAUCGGCCUUCAUGCUGGGCUGUGGAAUAGGUCCCAUCAUGUCUCUUCUCGUGGCAAAUAUCGCUGGACGAAAAACACUUCUCACAGCUGUCGGUGCUCCCUGGAUCAUCGGCUGGAUAAUAAUAAUCUUCGCUGAAUCCCCAUGGGAGCUCAUAAUAUCGAGAUUCAUCUCGGGUACAGGAACAGGUGUGAUAUUCUCAGUUCUACCGAUGUACCUCGGUGAAAUAGCACCAGCUAAUAUUCGAGGAAUUCUACUCACCGCAAUAACAAUGACUUCGAGAUUUGGUAUAUUAUUCGGAUAUGCAGUUUGUCCAUUCGUGACUAUUAAAAUGAGUGCGAUGAUUUCGUUGAUAUUUCCGAUAAUCUACGUCUGCUGUUUCAUCUGGCUCCCGGAAUCCCCGUACCACCUGGUGCGUCAGGGGCUUUGUGCAGAGGCAGCUAAAUCGCUGGCAUCAUUUCGCUGUACCAAAGACAUUCAGGCAGAAUUGUGCUCAAUAGAGGCAUCAGUCAAAGGGGAAAUGGCUAACAGCGGUGGAUUACGGGAGAUGUUCUUUGUUCCUGGCAAUCGGAAGUCAAUAACUGUCGGUGUGAUCCUGGGAAUGCUCCAGCAAUUGUCUGGUAGCCAAGCGAUUAUGAUGUACACGCAAUCGAUAUUCGACCAGGCAAAUGUUGAUCUCGAGGGCAAAUAUCUGGCUAUGAUUCUGGGUGUUAUACAGAUCAUUUGCACUGGGCUCUGUGUCGUGGUGGUUGAUCGUCAUGGACGUCGUCCCUUAUUAUUAUUCUCGUCCAUUGGAUCCCUCUUCUCUACAGGUGCUGCUGCUAUUUACUUCAAUCUUCAAUACAUGAGUAUCGAUACCAGUAAUAUCGAGUGGUUGCCUGCUGUCGGAUGUAUGUUCUACGUGAUAUUCUAUUCACUAGGUCUCGCUGGGCUGCCUAUAACAAUGAUCGGUGAACUAUUUCCAACGAACAUUAAACUACUUGCUUGUGUAAUUGUUGGUUUUUUUACAUAUUCCACGGGAUUCGCUGUCAGCAAAGUCUAUCAAAUAAUCAGUGACUCUGUGGGGACACACGUAAGCUUCUGGAUAUUCACCGGUUUCGAUACCAUCGGCAGUAUCUAUAUUUAUUUCUGUGUACCAGAGACUAAAGGAAAAACUCUACAGGAGAUUCAGGAUGAGUUGCAUCGGAAGAAGAUUGAGAUUCAUAAAUCGAGGGCUUGAGGUGUAUUACGAAAUACCGGAUAAUACUCGAUGUUGCAGAGAUAUUAUCAAGGGAUUACAUCAGUGUAGGUUCGUGUUAUCUUUGAUAAGGUCUCUGUCAAGGUGAAGGUAAUGUGUGUUUGGACUAUCACCGCGUGACGAUUGUGAAUGUUGACGGUGAGAUUAUGGGGGACUUCUGCAGUCCCAGCGACGAGGGAGUUGUGGAAAGAAUUUACAGAUGUGGGGACGGAAAAGAAAAGCGGAGAAGGAAAACAACUGAUUCUAGAAUUGAAAUACCCCUGCUACCAUUUAAUCAUCAAUUUCAAUUAUUGUCAUGACAUUCAUCUCUGUUUUAUUUUAAUAUAAAUUCAUUUUGCAACUCAUU